AUGUACGUCGACAGUCCCUUGAACCGCGAGCCGUCCAUCAAGAAACUUGUGGCUAGCUACAUCACCCCGACCGAAAUCUCCUACGACCGCAACCACGGCCCCAUCCCCCACCUCUCCGCAAGCCACACCGUCCACGUCGACGGCCUCGUCUCCACCCGCCUCGCCCUAUCGAUACAGCAACUCGCGACAGACUUCCCCCAGCAGGAGGUCAUCUGUGCGCUCGAAUGCGCAGGCAACCGCCGCCACACGAUGCGGACGAUGCUCAAGGAAGUCGACGGGAUUGACUGGGGCGAUGCGGCGGUGAUGAAUUGUCGAUGGAAAGGGCCGCGGAUGAGGGAUGUGUUGCGCCGGGCUGGGGUUGGGGAGGGCAGGCAAGGUCUGCACGUGGAGUUCUCGUGCCAUCAGGCGAAAUGCCAGGAUGACGAGUGGUUUGGAGCGAGCGUGCCGCUUGAGCGGUGUUUGCUGGAGGACGGGGGUGCGAUUCUGGCGCUGGAGAUGAACGGCGCCCCGCUGACGCCGAAACACGGAUACCCCGUGCGCGUGAUCAUGCCUGGCGUCAUCGGCGCCCGCUGGGUGAAGUGGCUCGACCGCGUCACCGUCUCGGAGCACGAGUCGCGCAACUUCUACCAGCAGCUUGACUACAAGGUCUUGCCGCCGGAGGUGGUCGACCGGGCCUCUGCGCAGCGGUACUGGGACCGGAUCCCGCCGAUGUUUGAUAUGCCGAUGAACUCCGUUAUCGGGGUGCCGGAGGACAAUGAUACAGUCUCCCUGGAUAGCUCGGGGAUCAUGGAGGUGAAGGGGUAUGCUGUCCCGCAGGGGGCGCAUAGCCCCGUGACUCGCGUGCAGGUGUCGAUGGACAGGGGGAUGACCUGGAUCGAGGCUAUGAUUGAGGAUGCGGGAGGGGAGAAUCGACGGUGGUGCUGGGUGUUGUGGACGGCGGCGGUUCGGCCGGAAAAGGGGACGGGGAGGGAGAUUGUGAGUCGGGCGUUUGAUGCGGGAGGGAACGUGCAACAGGAGCAUUCGCAGUGGAAUCUGAGGGGGGUGGGGUAUAAUGGGUAUGGGAGAGCGAGGAAUCUGACCAUUCUUUAA